CUUCAUUACAGCUCAACUGGUGGCAGAAGGAAUUGGUGAGAGAAAGGGAAAACAGAAACAAAGCUCCUGAUCAAGAAAAGCUUCAAGUUCCUGAUCAAGAAAAGAAGCCAGAAUCAGAAUCAGACAAAGCAUUAUGCGUGAAUGCAUCUCUGUUCAUGUUGGACAAGCUGGAGUUCAGAUUGGUAAUGCAUGCUGGGAGCUCUUCUGUCUGGAACACGCCAUCCAGCCAGAUGGCACCUUCCAGGCCGAACCCAGCAAGUUUAAUAAUGACGACUCCUUUACCACUUUCUUCAGCGAAACCCGCACGGGGAAGCACGUGCCACGAGCUGUUAUGGUGGACCUAGAACCCACAGUAGUAGAUGAAGUCCGGGCUGGCGCCUACCGCCAGCUUUUCCACCCAGAGCAGCUGAUCACUGGCAAAGAGGAUGCCGCUAACAACUAUGCCCGUGGUCACUACACCAUUGGAAAGGAGAGCAUUGAUAUGGUGCUGGAUCGUAUUCGCAAGCUGACAGAUUCCUGCUCAGGUUUACAAGGAUUCCUGAUUUUCCACAGUUUUGGAGGAGGCACGGGCUCAGGUUUCACCUCCUUGUUGAUGGAACGCUUGUCGGUAGAUUAUGGCAAGAAGUCCAAACUGGAGUUCGCUAUCUAUCCAGCCCCUCAAGUGUCCACUGCAGUGGUGGAACCCUACAAUUCUAUCCUGACCACCCACACCACCUUGGAACACUCCGACUGUGCCUUCAUGGUGGACAAUGAGGCCAUCUAUGACAUCUGCCGGCGUAAUUUGGACAUUGAGCGUCCCACGUACACCAACCUGAACCGUCUCAUCAGCCAGAUUGUCUCCUCCAUCACUGCCUCCUUGCGUUUCGAUGGUGCCCUCAAUGUGGACCUGACUGAAUUCCAGACCAACCUGGUGCCCUACCCUCGCAUCCACUUCCCCUUGGUGACCUAUGCACCCAUCAUCUCCUCUGAGAAGGCCUACCACGAGCAGCUCUCCGUGGCCGAGAUCACCAGCUCCUGUUUUGAGGCCAACAAUCAGAUGGUCAAAUGCGACCCCCGUCAUGGCAAGUACAUGGCUUGCUGCAUGCUCUAUCGUGGAGAUGUGGUACCCAAAGAUGUCAAUGUAGCAAUUGCUGCCAUCAAGACUAAAAGAACAAUCCAGUUUGUGGACUGGUGUCCAACUGGCUUCAAGGUUGGCAUCAAUUAUCAGCCCCCAACCAUAGUGCCCGGAGGUGACCUUGCUCAAGUGCAGCGAGCUGUUUGCAUGCUGAGCAACACCACUGCCAUCGCUGAAGCCUGGGCAAGGUUGGACCACAAGUUUGAUUUGAUGUAUGCCAAGCGAGCCUUCGUUCACUGGUAUGUUGGUGAAGGCAUGGAGGAAGGAGAGUUUUCCGAGGCUCGGGAAGAUUUAGCUGCAUUGGAGAAAGACUAUGAGGAAGUUGGCACGGAUUCUUUGGAAGAAGAAAAUGAUGGGGAAGAAUAUUGAAAAUAUAAAUGGUCCCUAGCUGUGCAUAUUUGGGCCACAAAUGAAGUUCUCACAAGUCUUUGAUGGACGAAAGAAGCAUAGUAGUAGAGCUUAAUCAAUUGCAUUCUUGUCUACUCCAGCAGCAUAUAUAAAUAUAUCAUCAGUCUGUGAA